CGCAGAUUUUCAGGGUAGUUACACAUCAUCUCCUCCUGCCUUUGGGUUUACGUCUACUUUUAUGUAGAGAAAAUGUAACUGGGACCAAAUUGCGUUUUGCCGUCGGGAGGCUUGUGUGGAGCAGGAGCCGGUCAGAAGGGAGGCUGUUACUGUUUCCAUACGUGUCUUUGUUUGUGAGUGUGGCAGUUAGGCUAGCUCUGAGGUUAGCUGGUUCGCCUGACCUUAGAUCAUAAACCGGGUUCUACCGUCAACAUUAACCUUACUUCACCACACCAUAAUCAUCAGGACAGAGAUGGGAAGUCUGGGCAGCAGGUUCCAGUCGCCCCCUCAGGGACCAGAGGAUGCUGCAGUGGGCACGAGUACCAGCCGCAGACAUAGCUGCGAGUGUAAGAAACGGAAACGUAACGCUCACUGUGACUGUGACAGUGAACCGGAGGAGGACGAUGCCCUGCUAGACACACCUCGCAGGAAAAAGCUGAAAAGCACAUCAAAAUAUAUUUAUCAGACCUUGUUUCUGAAUGGGGAGAACAGCGACAUUCGCAUCUGUGCUCUGGGACAAGAGUGGAACCUUCACAAAGUGUAUCUGUGUCAGUCAGGUUAUUUCUCCAGCAUGUUCAGUGGCUCUUGGAAAGAAUCCAACAUGAUGGAAAUAAACUUGGAGAUCCCAGACCAGAACAUCGACACUGAAGCUCUACAAGUCGUGUUUGGAUCCCUGUACCGUGACGAUGUUCUGAUCAAGCCCAGCAGGGUCGUCAGUAUUCUUGCUGCUGCUUGCAUGUUACAGCUGGACGGCUUGAUCCAGCAAUGCGGCGAAACCAUGAAGGAAAACAUAAGCGUGAAGACUGUGUGUGGCUAUUAUGCUUGCGCCAGCCUCUAUGGCUUGGAUUCGGUCAUGAAAAAGUGUCUUGAGUGGCUUCUUAACAACCUGAUGACUCACCAAAAUGUUGAGCUGAUGAAAGAACUGGGGACAGAGGUGAUGGAGCAGCUCAUCCAGUCCUCUGACCUGUUUGUCAUGCAGGUGGAGAUGGACGUGUACACAGCUCUGAAAAAGUGGAUGUUCCUGCAGCUCAAUCCAUCUUGGGACGGCCCCAUCAAGCAGCUUCUGGCUGACGCUGAUGCCUGGCUCUGCAAACGCAGGACAGACCUGUGUGAGAAGGAGCCCUUCUUGAACACGGAGGAGGGUGCAGGCUUUUGUUCAGUGUUCAAGUUUGUGCGUCUCCAGUACAUCAUCAACGACCUGGCGUCUGCGCGCAUCCUGGAGAGAGACAACAUUUUGCCUCCAGAUUGGCUGACAGCUGUGUACAAAAACCAGUGGUUUGCUAUGCUCCGGACAGAAUUUGACAAUGAUAAUGGUCCUCAGGAGCCCAACAAAGACGAGUUUGAGCUGAGUAGUAUGAGGUGUGGCAGGAAACUGACUAAAGACGGAGAUUACUGUUGGCGGUGGACAGGCUUCAACUUUGGUUUUGAUCUGCUGGUGACCUACACGAACCGUUUCAUAGUCUUCAAAAGAAAUACUCUGAGUCAGCCAUGUGGGGGCGCUGUGAGUCUACAACCGCGGAGACAUCUGGCGUACAGGUUACGUCUUGCCUCCUUUGAUACCCGUGGAAAGCUGGUCUGCAGUCGCUCAACGGGUUACCAGCUUCUCACCCUUGAGAAAGACCAGGAGUAUGUGGUGAUGAACCUGGACAGCCGGUUGUUAUCAUUCCCUCUCUACGUGUGCUGUAACUUCCUGUACACAUCUCCACAGUUAGAGCACCGUCCGGAUUCCUCAGAACACGAAAGCACUGCCCGCAGUGUGUCUUGAUGUCUGUUAAACGGCCUCUAACUGCUGCCAUUCCUCUGGUACCGCUGAGACACUGACACAAGCUUGUACGUACAAGCCACUAUAUUUCACACCAUUUCGACACUGGACCGUAUCGUCUGCAUGCUUGGGAAAACUAUUUUGUAUCUAUGUAUUCGGUGUUUUGGAAGAGUUAAUAGUGUACCAGAGACAUGUAAAUGAAGCCAGCGGGCGUCAGACAUCUGCCCUGAACCAACCGAUAUAAAUCUGCUCUCAACUCUGCUCUGAAGAACCUUGUGGAGUGGCUACACGAUGUUAAGAUCUGGUACCUGAGAAGCCUAUAAAGACCUCACACCUUCGAAAAUGAAACUUCUUUAGAUUUGGUUUAUCUGUGUGUACGGGGGCAUUAUCACCCUGGAAUAUGGGAACAGCGCCACAGAGCGAAUCGCUUUUCAAAGCAGUCUUCGGACCUCGUCGCUUCCACUCGCCCUCAGCGACAGAGAUGGUGCAUUCGUGUCCUUGGAUUGAUGAAGUAAAAAUUAAUAUUUGACGGAGGAUGAAGGGGAGAUCAGCCGCCGCCUCAUAUGUGGCUUUAAGCAGCGUUCCUCAUCCUUGCUGCUACCUAAAAAGACUCACACCCGACGGUCAUCAGCUGAUUCGUAUAAAAAAAUAUGUUAUAUUCUACAACAGGGCAACUUCUGUUGAAGCUUUCUGUAAUUAUAAAUCCUGUCGUCAAAAAAGAAAUAUUAAAAAAAAUCGUGUUACACCAUCAAGUGAACCAGCAUGACGAGGUCAAAAAGACUCGAACUAGUCACUAUUCCUCAUGAGACUUGCAGGAUUCUUUGUGCUUUAGCCUCGUUUUGCACAGUUUAUGGACGUCCAGUCGUUGAUAGCAGCUUUUUUGUUUAUGCCAACACAUUUGAGAUUUUGCAGUAUUCACCAGCUACACUGUCCAGUGUCAGAUUACUGGUGUAAGGCUGUUCUGACCUGAGCAGCCACUUUGGGGAGAACAUUAUGUACCUACGCAGGUACGUUGCUGUACACUUAUUAUUUGGGGGAAUUUUCUGAAUCAUUUCUUACCUCAUAAAAUGAGUACACGUGGAGAUUCUCAGUUGUAAAUCAGACAUGGACUGCUAACUCAUUCUAUAAUUUGUCUGUUCAGCUCGGAUGAGUUUUUAUUUGGCCAUUGUUUAUUUAUUUUAUUAUUAUUUUUUUUUACUUUAUUUGUAUUUUUAUGGAAUUACUUUUGCAAAAGAAAUUAUAAAAUUCUCCACUGCCAAUAAAACCGCCCUUCUCAGUGGGCUGUGGUGCUAUCACA